AGUUUGACUUCAUGAUGUCUUUCAAACAGCUUUGUGCUGUCCUUUUAGUGGUGUGUGCCCUGAAAUUCAGCUCUACUCAGUCGAGCUGCAGAGGACGAUGCGGUGCUGAGUACUACAGGGGUCACACGUGUCAGUGUGACUACAGUUGCCUGUCUUAUGACGAGUGCUGCAGAGACUAUGAAUCUGCGUGCACCACAAAAAACUCAUGUAAGGGUCGCUGCGGGGAAACCUUCAGGAGAGGACGGCAGUGCAGCUGUGAUGCAGACUGCUCAAAGUUCAAGCAGUGUUGUCCAGAUCACAGCGACCAUUGUGAUGAAGAUGAAUCGACUCUGACUGAAGAAACAGUGGAUCCAUUCAGCGAGGGAAACGUCGAAGAAGCUUCAGAUCCUACAAGACGCCCGGAUCAAGGAACAACUCUGCCUCAGACCACAAGUGAGGAAGACUCCAAUCAGACCACUACAACUUCAUCCAUUACAGCAACUACAACCAUCAUUCUCCCUACAGCAGAACCAGAACUCACAAGUGCGGAAGACUCCAAUCAGACCACUUCAACGUCAGAACCUACAACUUCAUCCAUUACAGGAACUACAACCAUCAUUCUCCCUACAGCAGAACCAGAACUCACAAGUGUGGAAGACUCCAAUCAGCCCACUUCAACGUCAGAACCUACAACUUCAUUCAUUACAGGAACUACAACCAUCAUUCUCCCUACAGCAGAACCAGAACUCACAAGUGCGGAAGACUCCAAUCAGACCACUUCAACGUCAGAACCUACAACUUCAUCCAUUACAGGAACUACAACCAUCAUUCUCCCUACAGCAGAACCAGAACUCACAACCGUCAACACGCAGGACUCAAAAUCAGCCUUGGAAACCUCUCAGGCCACCACCUCUCCAACAGAAACCUCAGAGGCAACCACCUCUGAUGCCAACACAGAUUCCAACAAGGAAAACAUCACAACAAGCCCACCAUCUUUUCUGGCAGACGUUGAAGAUCCAUCCACCACCACCUCUCCAACAGGAGCAGAAGUUCCCACACCUACAGUUUCGAUGCAAGAUCAGACCAAAGAUACUGUUGAACUAGAAUUAACUACUCCCGAUCCACUAAAAGUUACUUCCGAACCCACCUCCAAACCUCAGGACCAAACUGACUCAUCCACAUUAACACCCACCUCUAAACCCGAGAUCAAGCCUGUGGAUCCACAAAUCCAGAACACAGAUAACCCUGGAGACUAUCAAGGCGAUGACAACAAUGAUCCAAACCUGUGUAGUGGGCGGCCGGUCAGCGGAGUCACCACRCUGAGGAACGGAACCAUGGUGGUGUUCAGAGGUCACUACUUCUGGUUUUUGGAUAGGAACCACGUUCCAAGCCCACCCAGAGGUAUCACUCAGGUGUGGGGCRUCCCUUCUCCUAUCGACACCGUGUUCACCCGCUGCAACUGUCAGGGUAAAACAUACAUUUUCAAGGGAGGCAAAUACUGGAGGUUUGACAAUGAUGCUCUGGAUCCCGGCUACCCAAAGCUCAUUAAAACUGGYUUUGAUGGGCUGCGGGGUCACAUCACCGCUGCCCUGUCAGUUCCUCAGCACCAGAGCCGGAAAGAGUCCGUCUACUUCUUCAAGAGAGGGGGAUUUGUUCAGAAAUAUUCCUACCAGUUUGGUACCAGUCCAACAUGUGGAGGCUCAGUCCGCUUUCCUGUUUACACCGUUCGUGCCCGACUUGUCCGACAAGCAGUUUCUGUUUUAGAGCCAGAAAUCAACAUCCGGAGGUCCUGGAGAGGCUUCCCUCACACCAUCACAGCUGCCGUGUCGAUACCGAGCACCAGAGAGCCGGACGGGUACAAAUAUGUCGUCUUCUCAAGAUGUAAGUCAAAACAAUCCAGAUAUAACGACUUUUAUUUUGUGCUGCUGCAAAUAAUUAAAACAUUCUCAUAAAUUCAACAAUACCUUCAGUUAUUUGGUACUGAAAAUUGUCCAAAUUUCCAAUAUAAAUGUUUUYYCCCCCAACAAAAGGAUUUUAACUGCCAUUUUAAUGCCUGUAUGUACCCAAUUACUGCUGGCUGCAUAAUUAUAUCUGUAACAGUAGCAAAGAACUUCAUUGUGGAGUUGUUUCACAGGCAUUAGUGAACAUGCCGUCACUAUAAAUUUGCAAAUUACAACCAAAAUGUAAACAGUAAAAAUUUAAACAUCGACACACUUUAAUUUGGGCUGUCUACACUGAAAUUUUGAUAAAAACAAAACUUGAAUUGAGGUGACAUUUAAAGAGGUUUCCAGUAACAAAUGUGGUUUUAAUUUCAUCUUAUGUUUAUGCCACAAAACUGACCUUUAAAAAAACAAAACGUACUUCACUGUCUGCAGUGAACAUCAUGUCUGGGAUGUUUAAUUCAGUCUGUUCAGGGUGGAGCACUUCACUGAUGUAAAAAGACCAUAUGGAGCUGUUUCUACUCACUGUGUAGUAAAAAGUAUCUUAUUUUAAAUUGUGCAAAUAGUUCUGAGUAAAGCCACCAGUACACGUGUCUGGUCAAGAUGUUUUCACCGUCUAGUCGUUUACAUCACUGACAAAACAUUACAGCUCUUAAAACUCAGACUGAAGCAGACGACAGUCAUUAAACUGCAUUUUCCACAAACUGUGCUGGAAAAAAAAACAAGAUUGGUUUCUAGCAAAUUUAUUUUCAUUAAAUGGAAACUCAACUCCAUGAAAAACAUCCUAAAUUACACGCUCUGCUGUUUGUCAAACCUGACGACUAAAACGUUUCAUUUCUUUUGCAGCGACGUCCUACAACGUGAGAAUGACUGGUGAACGUCCCGUCAUCACGGUUCCUAAACCAAACACUUCGUCUCAGAGCAACACAUUCUUCAAAUGUCAAAAACCAUAACUGAAAAGCAACUAAUAUUCUUAAACAUUUUUUUCUUCUUCUUAAAAGAGAGCUUCAGCAGAUUACAAAAAGAACUUUCUAAACACAUUACAAAAUAACAAGGGAAAACUGGGCUACAGAACAAGGGAAAAUCACUUGAAAAAUGUGUUUCUGAUGCGUUUUGGUCAGGUUUG